UGUGCAAAACAAAGUGUGAAACCAAGCAACCUCAAAUCAUGUGACAAUAUAUUCUUCAGCAAAACUAUGCCUUUUAAGGUAUGCAAAUGAAAUUGGUAUAAGCAGACAGGAUAUGACAUGCUGCUAUACUUUGUCCAUGUCCAGCCCAUCUGCUAAGAGUAGAGUCUUAAAAAGACCACACAUUAAAAACGCACAGCUUCCAUCAUUUAUACGACUGAGGGAAAGCCACUCAAAAAUGUCUGAGAGUACUUACAGCAAUAUAAACACUGACAGAACAUGGGAUAUGGACAGAUGCACCAAGGCAAACCAUACAUCUCAACACACAGGAAGUGAUUCAGUGCAGAUCAGAAGCUCCAGAGCAGCUGCAGUGUGUUUGUUGCUGCUGUGUGUUCUGCUGACUGCAGUCAUAGUGCUGUGUGUCCACGUCCAUACAAAGAACACAAACUACAGAGAAGAGACACACAAGCUACUAUCCAAGAUUAACAACCUCACAGAACAGAGUGACCUGCUUCUAACCAAGUACAUAAGCCUGACAAAUGAAAGGAAUGGAUUAUUCAAACAAAGAGACCAGUUCAAUCAAGAGAGAAAUCAACUGCAGAAGAUUCUCAAUGAAACGGAUGGAUGGUUACGCUCUAACUUCAGAUUUUACUUCAUUUCCUCACUGAAGAAGAGCUGGACUGAGAGUAGAAAAUAUUGUACAGAGAGAGGAGCAGAUCUGAUCAUCAUAAACAACCGAGAGAAACAAGAUUUUGUUACAAAAAUUACUGAUAAAAGAGAAUUCUGGAUUGGUGUGACUGACAUCAAGGAAGAGGGCAGGUGGGAAUGGGUUGAUGGCACCAGCGUGACCUCUGGGUUCUGGGCAUCCAGUGGACAAAUAUCAGAGCCAAAUGGAGGAAGACAAGAGAAUUGUGCUGUGACUUAUUUAAAAAAGCACCCUGAGUUAAUAGGGUGGAUUGAUGUUACUUGCAAUGGUGCUUAUCAAUGGAUCUGUGAGAAGAGUGUAUAGCCCUAAGAACAACACAUGCUAUUUUUUCACAGGGU